AUGAUUCCCUUCCAAUUCUUUCUCUUUUCGGUUCUCUUCACCACUUCGCUCUGCGCCGAUCCCAAUCCCAUAUUCAACGCGAUCAUCGAGAGCUACAAAGAUGCUCUGCCGCCCGGAGUCGUCGAGGCGUUCGACAACCUCAGCCCGGAGGAGACGGAUAUCAUGAAGGCCGUGUUCGCCGAUUACAACAAGUUCACCACGAUCGCCGAUUUGAUUGCCGCGAUGAAAAAGAAGUCCGAAUCGUUGGGCUCCAUGUUCGAGCGGCUCUACAUCGAGGUCGACGCGGAGAUCAGUGCGUUGAGCGACGAGCCGAGGAACUUCGUCACGGGAAUGAUGGGCAUCGGAAGGGGCAUCUACACUGCGCAGAUCGUCGGAGUGCCGUUGGAGCCGAAGGAGGUGCUUCCCGUCUUCGCCAAGUAAGCUUUCUUUUGGAAAACUAUCGAUUUUUUACAUCUUUCACACGGAAAUGUGCUUUUUUCAUUUAAAUUAGCUAGUACACGCCGGAAAAAGUAAUUUCUCUACUGAAAAGGACAAAAAAUCGUGAUUUUUCGAUAAAUUUCUCGAGAAAUCGUAAUUUUAUGCUCUUCGAAAACUAGUGUUAAACAAGGCGCAGAUGCGUAAUUUCGGAGUGUCGUUGUUUCCGUUCUGAAUUUUAUUUCGAACGAAAAGCUGAUUCAUCGUGAUUUCAGACAAUUCACCGCCUUCAAAUCGUUGUCGACGGCGGGCAAGGAAGAAUUGAAAAAGGCCUUCCUCGGGCUGUACAAUUUCGCGUCGAAUGAUAAAAUCAAAGUGGAGAUAGAUAAGUUGUUGUGA